UCGACUCAGGAGGUGGUUGCAUUUCCAACAGCAGCGGAGCAACCUGUUUGGAGUUCUCAGCUACUUUGGCGAUGUGAUGAGAAUGUUUUGUAGUCAGGGCAUUCAACCUAUAAGAGUUGUUUUUAACAACGCUAAAAACUGCUUCCUUCACCUCCCGUCGAAGAUGAUAUCGCACCUUUCCUUGCAGGAGAACCAGACCUUGGAGCUGUCCUGGGAAAACGCACCUCCAGUGUACCUCAGCUGGACCCUGAACAGGGCGUCCUCCGACCCAGACAGCAUCGACGUUGAGCUGUGUCGGCAAAUGGCAGAGAAGCUGGGCUUGAAAGACGGAGAUCAAGGUUUUCUGAAACCGUGCCAUCAAGUCUCAUCUUUAAAUCAGGUGUUUGUGGAGCCUUUGUCGUCUGAUGACUGGGAGAUCUUGGAACUUCACAGUUCUACAUUGGAGCAGAAGCUUCUGGAUCAGAUCAGAGUGGUUUUCCAGAAUGGCGUGUUUCCUGUUUGGGUGUACAGUCACUCAGUAAUCUACAUUAGAAUAAUUUCCGUCUCCCCGCUUGUUCCCUACGGUCGACUGGAGCAGUUCACAGAGCUUGUGGUGUCUCAGAAGAUCCGCCGCACUGGACCGAGCAAAAUCGGUGAUGCUAUUAAGAGGACCAUCCUUGAUCCAUCCUUGAUGAGCAAUUUCCAGCGAGACUCGACUCUGUCUCCCACGUCGGAGGCAUCGGCAGAUAUUACCUCACACUCUGGUCGCAGCCAGGAAUGGGGAGGCAUCGCUGACCUGAAAAGCCUGCUCCAGCAUAUAAUACGGGGCCCUUACGAUCACGCUCCUGUGCCCAACAUCCCUCUUGUCUUUCCCGACUCUAUCUACAGAGUGUGCGGUGCACCUCCGGAUUGUCUUUGUACCAUAAGUCACAUCGCUGCUGGUGUUAUUCACAUUUUUCCUUGGCGUCCUGGUCUGAGCACAGCAACUAGAGGAGGUCAGUCUGUAGUGACGUACGGCCGUCUUUUCAAGGUAUCAUCCCCUAAAAAAGCAAAGGACAAAGCCAGGCAGGCCUUGGAGAAAAGGAAGAGUGGGGGAGGGAACAAAGAGAGCGGCGUGAAAGGAGGGAAGGAAGGGAAGGAGCCAGAGGAGGGACAGGAGGAAGAAGCCACAGUAGUCAAGGUCGUGUGCCACGAUGCUGAGAUGCUGGAGAGAGGUCACAACAAGAUCCACUGUGGAAAAGUAUGGAUCCCAGAGCCUCUGGCCAGCAAGUUGAACAUCCUGCCACAUUCAUCAGUGAGAAUUAAACCCGUGAAAUCAGUCAUCAAAGUAGCCUCCAGAGUCCGCCUACAGCCUCAAAUACCUCUGCCCGAGGACGACGAUAAUGAAGCGAUCCAGACGACUUUCCUCAACUGGCUUCACUCAAAGAGUCACGAACCUUUGGCGUGUCUGACUCCUCGCUCCGGCACCGUCCUCCUACAUGGAAACGAUGCAAAGCUAGAGUUAUCUUUGACAGUGCUGAAACCCAAACCAAACAACGAUCCGCCGGACCAGCUAUUCCUAUUAGCACCCACCGUUCUCCAGAAGGAAAACAUACAGGUGGACAGACAGACAAAAGCGCAAUCUGCUCCAAAAGCUGAAUCUGAGGCUCCUGAGAUGGAGCUUCCCUCCUUACAAUUAUUUGGUGGGAUUGACGCUCUUAUUAAGACCGGAUUUGAGUUUAUUUCCCAUGCCCUGCUGGGUAGUCCCCUCUCAAGGGAACUUUGUACCUCUGGAGAGGGACUCAAAGGAGGAGCACUGCUCAUCACUGGUGCUAAGGGGAGUGGGAAGAGCUCUUUGGCCCGAGCCCUUUGCAGAAAAAGCAGAGAGGAUUUGGAUGCACACGUGGAGGUGUUGGACUGCAAAAAGCUCCAAGGCAAAAGGGCAGACAGUGUGAAGCACAUCCUGCAGGACAUGUUUGAACAGGCAGAGUGGGGACAGCCCUCUGUGGUCCUGCUCGACGACCUGGAUCAUUUGACCCGUGCAGCCACGUCACCGGAACACGAGCGUGGCCCUGAUGCGCUCCUGCAGCAGUACAUUGCACAAAGUGUGUGUGACGUGGUUGGCGAGGCGGUGCUCCACUCCACCCUGGUGUGUCUCAUCAUCACCAGUCAGAGCGAACACUCUCUCCACCCGUCUCUCACAGAGAUCCAGGGGUCCCACCUCAUCCAGGGAUUUGUGAACAUCCGGCCUCCGGACCAAGCACAGAGAGCUGAGAUCCUGCACCGUCUGAUCCUGAGGAAGCCUUUCCUCUCUGAGGAGAGCUUGAAAGAUCUGGACCUGGAGGCCGUGGCCAUGAGGACGGAGGGAUAUGCAGCCCAGGAUCUCGCUGUGCUGCUGGAGCGAGCCGUCCACGCUAACGCAAUGCACAGAGGACACAGCAGUCAAGGUGUCUGUCUUUCAUGGAGGGAUUUUGCGCAUGCUCUCAGUGGGUUCACGCCUCCGUCGCUGUGGGGCGUGGACCUUCACACGCCGAGUGGAGUCGGACUGGAAAGAGUGGGAGGGCUGCAAGAAGUGCGAGAGCAGCUGAUGGACACCAUCCUGCUCCCUGCUAAGUAUCCGAUCCUCUUCUCCAACCUUCCUAUCCGCCAUUGCUCUGGAAUCCUCCUGUAUGGAGCUCCAGGUACCGGCAAGACGCUUCUGAUCAGGGCUGUGGCCAAAGACAGCGGGAUGAACUUCAUCAGCAUCAAGGGACCUGAACUCCUGAGUAAAUACAUAGGAGCCAGUGAGCAGGGGGUUCGUGACGUCUUCCUGAGGGCACAAGCUGCCAAACCUUGCAUCCUGUUCUUCGAUGAGUUUGACUCUCUGGCGCCAAGGAGAGGCCACGACAGCACAGGAGUAACCGACCGUGUGGUCAACCAGCUGCUCACCGAGCUGGACGGGGUGGAGGGGCUGCAGGGGGUGUAUGUGCUCGCAGCCACCAGUCGUCCAGAUCUAAUAGACCCCGCCCUGCUGAGACCGGGACGACUGGACAAGAGUCUCUACUGCCCCCCUCCAGACCAGGAGGCUCGUGUUGAGAUCCUGAAGGCUCUGAGUUCUGGCCUUUCUCUGGCUCCAGAUGUCGAUCUACAACAGCUGGCAGCAGAAACGCAGCAGUUCACUGGGGCGGACCUAAAGGCCCUGCUCUACAACGCACAGCUGGAGGCUGUUCACAACUGCUCGGCCGUCGGCACGUCAAAUGAGCUGACCUCCGCCUCAGACACCGACAUGAGCCUGUCUUCCAUGAUCUUCCCGAAUACCAGCAGCGGCUCAGACGACUCUGUCGGAGAGGGAGAGCAGAGCUUGGUGCUGGACCAGUCGUUGGUUCUGGUUGAGCCCGCGGAGCUUCAUUCUGAACACGAGGAGCGCCGCAGUAACGUCUGGAGGUUUUACUUCGGAAGUUCCUUUGAGUCGGAGGGUGGAAACUCGCCAGUUUUUAAACAGGAAUCCCUGUAUGUCUCUGGAUCCAACUCCAGAAACCCAGUCAGCGGACUUGCUCCAGCGUACAUGUCCUCCGUCCAGACCGGAUAUAAAGAACUCGGCCCAGAGCAGCUGGAGCGGCUGCAACAGGACAUCAAAAACAUCAAGAACAGCUACAGGAAAGGAAAUGAUGACUUUGUGUGGACGCACCCAGCCUCCAGCCUGCCAGGACUCCUGCUGUCUCAGGCUCACAUUAGUUCCGCCUUAGCCGUGACCAGACCCUCUCUCAGCCCGGCCGACUGGGGCAAGUACACCAAACUGUACGAAAGUUUUGGGGGUCCGAACGACAAAUCGCCUCCUAGUGCCACGUUUACGCCAGGACAGCGUGUCACGUUAGCCUGAUGGCAAGAAUUCGUCUUAAACAUUUGAUUUAUAGAUUGUCUCUACAUUUUGUAUACCGAUGUGGUGAAAUAAAAGAUUUAAUAUGUAAUUAUUGCACAUAUGUAAAUUUUCAGAUCUUGUGAGAUUCUAAAAUGUAAUUAAUAAAAAUGUGAUUGAAAUGA